AUGACGGGCGCGCCGCCUCGCCGAGGUGGGCCGUGGGCGCCAGACGCGCACCGCGAGCCCGCAGUCUCCUUCGGCUCUCCACUCUCUCCGCCGUUGCUGCUGCGUGCGUCUUCGCGCGUCUUGCCGGGUGCUUCGGCGGCCGCGCCCGACGCGGCGCAGGGCAGCUUCCCUUGCUGCGUCGUUUCUGAGGACGUUUUCCGUCCUGCGGGACGAGAGACACUCGCGCGUUUGGCGCAGCUGAGCGGACGGGAGGUCGCCGCCCCCAGUGCCCGCUGCGCGGCUGCGGGCGAGGUUGACGUGGCGUUCGCCGACGCCGAGUGCCUGGCUCAGUUCCUCAGGCAGCGCGCGAAGAUUCCGCCGCGGCUCGCUUCGCUUCAGGCCUCGCAUGGGCGGAGCAGCUGUCCGCAGUCUGCCUCUGCGGCGUUCGGGAAGAGCCCGCCACGCGGGAGAACGCGUCUUCCGGGGGUGUCUCUCGUGUGCGCGCGGCGCCUCCAGCGGGCGCAGCUCGCCCUGCUCUCUGGCACCCACGCUUCCGCGCGGCUUCUCGCCUCGAUGUCUCUGCAGGCGGACGCGGCAGAGGUGCGCAGACAGCUUGCCGCGGCAGUCGCAUGGGAGUCGCAGAGAGCCAGCGCCUUUAGAUACAUUUUGGCGGCGCACGGUCGCGAGGGCGGCCCCGUCCUCGCCGCGGAACUCGCGCUCCAUAUCCGCCGCGGUCUCGCGGUCGUGGCGUCUUCGCCGUUUUUCGCCUCCUCUGGGGCGCUUCGCACGCGUGCGCGACCUGUCCACGCUGCGUUUCUGCCGUUUGGAUGCGCAGUGGCCUUCAGCAUCUCCGCGGAAGACGCGGAGCGCGGGGAUACGCUGCGGCUGCCAGCAGCGGGUGAGGCUGCGGGGCGUGCGUGGGGAGAAGGCGAGAUGACAGUGGCGGUGCUGCAGGAAGAAGACCGGGACGGGCGCCACGGCCUCCUUGAAAUCUUCCCUAGCGAGAAGCACCGACGGAGCUCGCCAGGUCUCGACUCGGCGAGCCUCGACAGAAGCAUCCGCGUCCCGCUGCCCUACGUCCCCACUACCUUCUGGGGUGUACGUACACCGCAGGGAGAGAGCGGGGCUGUCGUUCUCGCGCAGCAGCGGCCGCCAGACGACCGCGAGGCUCAGGCUCUUUCUUGCGGCUCGUCGCAGCCCUCUGGCCUCACCGCGGCCUCGCUCUCCUCGUCGCCCUCUGCCGGUUCGUUUGUGGCGUUCAGCGUCACGACGCCCGGCGGGCGCCUCGAGCCGCGGCCGCUGCUCUUCACGUGCUGCCGCUGCUGCGUCGCGUCGAGGGCCUCGCCCUCAGUCGACCGCGAAGGAGGCGCGCCGCCUCGGCGCACCAAGAAUCAGUGCGCGGCACCCGCCAGCGGGGAUCAGAGCGCCGGCGCCCCGUGCGGCGCCGACCGUUGGGACACGGGGAGGCGCAGACCUGGUGUACGUACAGCCGACAGUCUCGAUCAUUCGGGGAAAGAAGCGCGCGCUGCUGCGGCCGCGGGUUUAGACGGAGAGAUGCAGGAACCCGACCGAGUAAGCGACGAAAGGGAAGAUGCACCUCCCCUCGAAGGCGCUCCCUCCUCCUGGUCAACUUUUCUGAAUCUCCCGGCCGCUUCUGCUCCAUGUCCUUCUUUGUCUGAGUCAAAUUCGUCUUCAUUUCCUUCUUCGCCUUCGAUGGCAUCUACAGUUUGGCCGCCGCUGGAGGUCCUUUGGGUCUCGAGCGUACCAGGACUCUCCCUGUGCCUCGCCUACGCCCCGGAGACGAGGUUCUGCGUGCUCUGUCUCCUUCUCGGGCGCGUGGCCAAAGGCGUCCGCGGAGGGGACUGGUGUCUCCGCGCCCAACUAGCGGUCGGAGGGCCGCGCGCCGCGCGGCGCCUCGCGGCGCGGCCUUUCGCGGAGCAGCUUGAGGCACGUCUCCGUCUUUCGGCUCCUUCGUUGCACGCGCUUCAGCUCUUCUCGUUUCGACUCCCGGGGGAUGCAGAGCCCCUCGAACGCGACCCGAGAAUAGAAUCUGAGGACGGCCUCCGCGCGCCCGAAGAAGAAGGAGCGAUGGACGCCGAGGAGGAAACCGAACGCAGAACACCAGAGACGGGAACACAUCACUGCAGAUACGCGGACAGCGGAGACGUGAGAGGGGACAGGUCUCGACGCGGAAGCGCGGGAUUGCUGCCUGCGUUUCUCACGUCGUCGCCGCCGCAAGUUCUUCUUCUCCCCGCCUCGCUGCCCGCCGCCAGCAGGGCCUGUGGAGACCAGAGCGGAUCCCGCGGCGGCAGGGCAGUCGCAGGCGCAAGCGGCGUUUUUAAAACAGAGACGUCACGCGGCAGUCCACGACGGAGCGACGCACGAACGCAAUCGGAUGCAGCGGCUGCUGCAGCGCCGCCGAGCCUCGAGGGACGACGCAGAAAUCGAGUAGAGAAGCAUCCCUGGGCAGGGACGCGCAGCUCGCGGCAGGCGCGCCUACGACUUGUGGUGCUGGAUGAGCGCACAGAAACGCUUGCGCUGAUUCCGCUGCCGUCGUCGCUCGCGACGUCUUCCUCCCUCUCUCCCUCCUCGCCCUCCUGUUAUCCUCGGUCGUCUCUUCGUUCGCCGGCUUCGUCUUCUUCCUGUUGUCUGCGGCUGGCGGCCUGCGCCAUUGAACGCGUUAAGGACGUCGUGGGGUUCGUCGCGGUCACGCCUGACGAGAGUGAGGCGAGUUCGUCAUCUGCGCUCUCCCUUAGUGUUUCACGUCUGCUUCACCUCUUGGACACAAACGCCGGCGAACGGACCACGUCCCUGUCCUUCGCGUUUCCUCUCCUUGCCGCGUCGUCCCGCUCUCGUCUCUCUCCUCGCACGCCUUCUUCUGCUUCCCCUGAGUCGCUUCGCCUUUCGACAUCUCUGCGCGCGACGUCGCUGCCAGCGUACCUGGUAGUCCUCCAUCGCGGCGGCCUUCUGGGGCUUUACGCAGGCGCGUAUCUUCUCUCGUUUUUGCACGUUUUCCUUCCUCCGCCUUCCUCGCUGACCCUCUCGCCGGCGUGUGCGUCUUCGCCCCAGGAGGCGCGCCGCAGAGAGACAGAGCAAGUCGCGCGCGAGACACAGCGGCCCUUCCCCGUGGCGGUGGCGCAUGCAGUCGGAGACCGCUUCAACUUAACGUUUCUCGCUCCGCUUCGCCCCGCGCCUUCUCAGUCCCUGUCUGCGUUUUCUUCUCCGCCGCGUGCGCCGGCAGCUCUCGGGGCUGCUGCGGCCUUUACCUCCUCUGGCGGCUUCGCUGCCCUGUCAACGUAUCGCUGCGCGCUGCAGGUGACUCCCUCGCAUCCGCUUCUGCGCCUCGUCAUUUCGCUUCUGCUUCCCACGCUUCCGCCGAGCGCCGCGCUGCGCCUCCUCAGGUCGCUUUUCCGCUGGGUGUUGAAUCCGCGCGCUUCCGCAGGGCUUGCGGCCGAACGGCGAGACGCGAGGGAGAGGACGAUGACGCACGCGGCAGAGGCCGUGCGACUGCGGGUGACCCCAGCGGUCGCAUGGGAGUUUGGCUCCCCUGCGGAGGCGUCUUCGUUCUCUUCCUCAUCGUUGGAAUUUCCUGCGGCUUGCCCGACUGCGCCGACUCGCCUCAGGGGGCUCUGUAGGGCCCUCGCGGCGUCUGAGACGCCGGACCGAGAGCGUGAGUGGACGGCCUUUUGUCUCGUCCUCCUCGCGGAGGCGACGCGAUUCCCUCUCAAGCAUUCAAGAGACUUUUUUUCCGCGCCCAUCUCCGCAGCUCGGCGCCUCGCUGCCUCCUCUGCGCCCGCCACUCCUGCCGCUUCCGCGCCGGGCGCUGCUUGCUGUAGCGACGGUCUUGUCGCUCUGUCGCUUGGCGCGGCGCUAGCCGCGGCGCAGGCGGUCGCGAGCGGCCUGCGAGAAGGCGAGCGAAACAGAGAAGAUGAAGCAGGUACCGCAGACGCAGUGUGGGGGGGACGCAGCGCCCAUGCUGCUUCUCUGCCGCGGGAGCGCGGCCCCUGCGAAGAGGAGAGAUCACGAGGAGGAAGCGAACGCGACGCACACCAGCCGUUUAUCCCCGUCGUGCACGCUGCGGAUCUCCGCGUCGAGGCGACAGAGGCGGACGCGACGCCGGGCGCAGGGGCUCGAUGCCCGCGGGACAAGAGGGAAGAGGAGGCGGAGGCGUGCUCCUUCCUGCCUUCCCCGUUCGCGUGCUCAUCUGCCUGCACACGGCGCGAGCUCGUGAGGCGCGCGACUCAGCGCCUCCUGGGAGAGCUGCUGCGCGCGACCCACACACGCGCCGAUGCAACGGCAGGAGCCGCUGAGGCUGAAGAGAAGGCCGACGGCGCUCGAGGGGCGGCAGAGGGCGCGGGGACGCCACCCGCCUCACGCGCAGACGCCGCGCUCCACGCCUUCGACGCAGACCCCUUCCUAGGACCUCUGGUCAAGGAUGCGCUGGAGGACGAAACCGAAGAAUUCGACUGCAUCUCGAAUGCAGACGAAACGAAUCCCGCGCUCUCCUCGCAAUCUGCGUCUCAGCGUCCGCCUUUGGAAGCUUCUUCGUCGGGCGCUGUGGGGUCCAUUCCGCGCUUGUGCGAGGGCGGGGGGUCGCCUCGUGAGGCGCUUCUGGCGGCAGUGCCUUCCUUCGGCCUGAGGCCGCAUCUGCCUCAGAUUUUUUUGAGUCUGCAUGCGCUGCUCGAAGACGCGUCGCUGCUGCGUGCGGCGGAGGCCGUCGUCCAGCGGCCUCUAGCCAGGCUCCUGCUGCUGCUCGCUCGUCUGCUUCGCCUGCCGCGCUUCUUCGCAGUCUACGCGGCGCGGCUCUCCGCGGCGGAGGCGCGGCGCCUCGAUGCGUUGCUCGGCGCGCUGCCUGAGAGGGAGGCGACGGCGAACGAGGGCGUGACGGGCGCGUGGAUCCCCUCUCACCCGCGCGCAGAAACCGCGCAGGCGGGAAGCGAAAGCGGCGCCAAACUGGUUGCAGAAGCACGCAUGGAGGCUUGCGAAAGGGACAGCGGAGACAUAGGAGACAGCGGAGGCGGGCAGUUGGAAUGCGAGGUCGACGAGGCGCUUGAGGUGCGAGGCGAUGCAGACGGCGCAGAAGAAGAGCUUCGAGGAGCCGCGGCGCUGGAGAACAUCCGAAGGUGGAAAGCCCUGCCUUCCGUGUAUCAUUCGCUCGAGCGUCGGUUUGCUUUGACGCCUCCGGCGGCGGCCGAGGGGUCGAAUGCCGGCGAGAAGGAGAAGCAGAGCAGCUCAGGCGCGCCGAGUUCACUUCGCUCCCCCUUUGCUGCCGUUUCGUUGCCUCCUUUCUCUUCCACUUCUUCUGCUUCCCCGGCGGGAGAGCGGGCCGCCGCUGCCUGCCGCCCAGGCCGGAGGCUUGUUGCCGCGCUGGCACGCCUUGAGCGUCAGCGCCGCCAGGGCGCGACGGCGCCGGAGACUGUCUCCGCAGAGGAGACACGCAUCCUCUCGCCCGGGGCGCGCGGGCGCGGAGACGGGCAGGGAGGCGAGGGCGGGACAGUCAGCGGCGACGGCGCCGGUCGCGUCAGGGGCGCGCAGGUCAGUUCAUCAGUCUGCCCACUUUCGCUGGAGAAGGAGAAUGCCGAGCGAGACGUCCGCGCGCAGGCGAGGCAGCAGCUCUUUCAGCUGCAGAGGCGACGAUUUGCCGCCACAGGCAAAGUUGGUGGAGCAGGUUUCGAUGGAGGUGUUUCCGCGUAUUCGGUUUUCCCAUCUCCCUGCGACAGGGGGGAAUUCUUCGCAGAGCGCGAAGGUGCGCACGGCGCCGGUCUCUGCUCCCUGCCGCUCUCAUCUGCAGAGGUCGGCCUGCACUUCGACUUCCGAAGCAUCGAAGCUCGGCGAAGCUGCGGCUCUCUCUCGCCGUCUUCCGAGCUCGCCCCAUCGCGCUCGUCCGCCGCAGGAGGUUCCCUGGCCUCCGCGCUUCAUUCUCUCUGUGCCGGAUCGGAUGCCUCUGCGCCUGUGGGGCGCCGUGCGCGGUCUUCCGCGCCGUCCGCGGCGGCCGACUGCGAGACGCUGCAGCGCACGCGCGAAGCCUGGCGCAUCGUCGGCGCCCUCCUUCGGAAGACGCCUCGCGCGGCGCGCAACCUCGUCCAUCUGCAGCCCGUUGCGCAGAGCGCGCUGCGCGAGGCGCUGGCCUUUCUCGCUGGAGCCGCUGCGGACGUGCUGGGCGCGCGGCGGCUGGUGCGUGAUGGUCAGGCAGGCAACGAUGCCGCAGAGGAGAGCGAGGAGGAGGGAGAUCUGUUUGUCACCGCUGCGUUGCUCGCGGGUCGUCGCGAUUUCGCGGCCAACGCAGUUCUUCUCCUCGCUUCGUCCGCGGCCUCCACGACGUCUCCCUCGCCCCUGCUGCCUUCACGUCCUUCGGCGGCGCCUCUGGCGCCCUCACCGCCUUCGCCGUGGCGUGCGUCGCUCGACCUGCAGGAGCUUGUUCACUUGGAGGCCUCCUGCCAGGCGCGGACGAGCGGCUUCUUCUGGCUGGCGCCGCGCGAGGUCUCUGCAGAGGCCUCGCCCCCUGUGUCGCCACUUCCGUCGUCGCUGUCCUCGACCUCGGGAGAGUCCGGCGUGCUGACGCGCUGGGGCGGCGUCGCGCCCAACAUGAGCGCGUGGGCGGCCGCGCGCCCGGAGCUCCGCGCGCGCCUGCUGCUUGUCGCGUCUGCGCUUGACACCUCGUCGCUGCGCGUCGUUGUCUCGCGCCUCUCGCCGCAGGCCGCCGACGUCCUGGACACGAUCGGGGAGAGCCACGCGCUGCUGGCGCCCGCCGCGCAGCACUUGGUGCCGCCGCCGCAAAACGCAGUCUCUGCGUCGUUUCUGGCGUCGCCCCUCGCGUCGUCGCUCGGCGGCAUCUCCUCGCCGCGACUCCCGGCCUCGACUGCGCGACACAGCGGGCGCGCUGCGGGGAGCGAGGACGAGGGGCGCGCCAGUGCGCUCCCGCUGCUGCUGCAGAAGCUGUCUCCGCUUGACUCCGCCCUCGCGCUGGCGAGUCGCGACCGCGGCGUAGCCCUCCAGCAGGCCCUGGCAGUGGGGCGAGGGGCGCUCACGCUGGGCGCGCUGGGGCGAUUCGAGGGCGGCGCGCGCGACGGCCGCGACCGCGAGCUGCUGCCGCUCUCGCUCCUCGACGUGCCCCCGAUCGAGCUCCGCGUCCUCCUCGCGCCCUACGCGGCCGUCGCCAAGGACGGCGAAGAGAGUUCCGCCGACGCCGACGAGGCGGAGCUCGACAGGGGCUCCGGAAGCGACCGGCGAGGUGCGAGAGGGGGCGAGCGUCCGCGCCGCUUCCUCGUCGUGGACGACUCUGCCUCGCAAGCGAGCUCAGAAGAAGAGUCUCUCUUUGGAUUCUCAGCUGCCGGGCGCGGUCCGCCAGGCGCGGCCGCCGCCCGACUGGCGUCGUCGCCGUCGUUCACGCGCGAUGCCGCGCUCUCACGCCGCACGAGUCUCUUCGCAUCCGCCGCCGUGGCUCCCGCCCUGUCUCUGCCCCCCGGGCGCUCCGGCGAGCGGCGCAGACGCGGGGGCCGAGCGCCUCCCCCCUUCACCUUCGUGCCGCUGCCGGCGCAGCUCGUGAGUCGAGAUCCGCAGAGACAGCCGCCCGAAGGAGACGCGUGGGCGCAGUUCCACAACGGCUGCGCGUCCGGCCUCGCGCUGCUGCCCGCCGCGAUCUCCAUCGAGCCCGCCGCGACGCUUCGCGCGACGCCGACGAGCCACAGACGCCGGCACCGAUCGCCUGCGGGCGGCGGUGCGGAGGCGGCGGCGAGUUGGAGCCCGAGCCGCGAGGGAGAGACGAGCGCCGAAGGGCGGGGACUGCGGGGGACGGACGCCACGAAGGCUUCGGCAGCCAGCGCUGGGGGCGGGGUGGCAUCGCAGGGGUUCGCCUCUCGCAACUCGCCCGAGUUUGGGCGCGGCGCGGGACGCCGAGACGGCAAGCGGCGGCGCUCGAGGGACGGAGACGAGAGGCGGGCCGAUGCGGCGAGCCGCGACGGUCUUUGGGCUCACCUCUUCCCGUGGAUUCGCCCGUCGUCCGCAGCGGCGGCCCCCGCGGCCGCCGCCUUUGAGCGCGAGGCGAAGCGCUGCAAGCGCGACUCGCUUUCUCACAACGAGCAGCUCGCCGCGUUCCUGCGCCGCCACGCGGAGGCCUACGGACCGCACGAGUUCGGCGGCCUAGUGCUGGCGCUGGGGCUGUGUGGUUUCUUCCGCGUCGCAGGCGGCGCGCGCAAGGAAGAGCUGCAGACGCUCUCGCUGCGGCUCCUCUGGGACGCGUUCGACCGCGAGACGGUGCAGACGGGGCUUCUGCUGGGCCUGGCGGGCAGCGCCGUGGGCUCGAGGUCGCAGGCGCUGCUGCAGCUGUGCGCGGCGCACCUGCCCUACGCGCUCACGGGACAGUUCAUCGAGACGGAGAUGCACCCCGCACCGCAGUGCGCGGCCCUCGUCGCCCUCGGGCUCGUCUUCGCCCGCAGCCAAAGCCGCGGCAUGUCCGCCACGCUGCUGCACCAUCUGCUGCGGUCGCCGUGUCUCCUCGCCGACAAACAGGGCCUCGACCGCGACGCCUGUGCGCUCUCCGCCGCCUGGAGCCUCGGCGUGGUGUGGCUCGGUCACCGGCGCCGCGGUCGCCUGGACGGAGGGCGUGGCCUGCGACGCAGCCGAAGGCUUCAGGGCGAAGAGGGCGCCGACAAGCCCAGGGCCUCGCGGGAGGCGCCGAGCCUCGCGCAGGCGCGCCACGCAGGCGCGGGCGAAGCGCGGGAAGGAGCAGGGCGCGAUGGAGCAGCAGGCGCUGCGCGCGCCGGGGCCUCCAGACGGGCGGCCCCCCGCGGCGGAGGCGUCGGCGAGGCGCGAAGCGACCGCGAGAGCUGCGGCCGGGAUGGAGAGAAGCAAGAGGAGGACGAGCUGUCUCUCUUCUGGAGGGAGUUGAUCACACUCGCGAACUUGAACACGUCGCGCCCGUGGGGGUCGUUCUACCGCGAGCCGCUGAAGGGCGCCUUGCGCAGGGGCCCCCUGCGCGCGGCUGCGCGGUUUUCUCUCUUCGCCUCCGGGGUCUCAGGGGUCUCAGGCCCUCGCCACGUGGGGCCGGCGAGUCGCCUGCCGCUUCUACAGGAGUCGUGGACAGCAUCGCAUGCACCACCUCACGCGUCAGUCGCGGCGACCGCGACCUCCCGUGGCUUCCCCCCUGCGGAGGCUUGCGAGGAGUUGUCCCGCGACGGCACCCCACACGACGAAGAGGCGACUGCGCCACCAGGGGGGGCAGCGAGCCGGACGAGGACGGUGCUGGCACGCGCGCUCAUUUUUUGGUCGGCUAUCACGCCGUCGCACCGUUGGGUGGCGGCGCAGAUUCCGCCGCUCCUGCGGCUGCUGCCCUCGGACUUUUCCGAAUCCCAGCGCAACCCGCUUCCCUUCCGCCGCGUCGUCUGCCCUGCCACGCUACGGAUUUUGCCAGUCGCACGCUCCUCGCCCGCCGACUCUGCGGGCGCGUCUCCACCGCCCUCUCCGCGGUCGCAGGCGUCGGCGGGCGCGCCUCGCUCGCCCGCGUCCUCUGCUGGCUCAUCGGCAUCCGCGUGCUCCGCCGCGCCCUCCUGCUGCUCCUGCUCCGCCGCGCCGCUCAGCUUCCCGUUUGCCGCGGCCGCCAAGUACCGCGCGCAUGCGCUGGCUGGCGCCCUGUGGGCUCUCGGGCUGCGCUACGCGGGCACCCGCAGCCGCCGCUGCAUCCACCUGCUGCUGCGCUACCUGCACUACCUGCGCGGCCCUGGCUUCGGGCGUCCGCCGUCGGCGGCCCGCGGGCGCCGCGGCAAGCGCGAGGCCUGCGGGCGCGGAGACCGGCGCGACGGGCGGCGGACGGGGGCCGAGGAGGCGGCAGGACUGCAAGAAGCAGGAGACAGUCGAGGCGGCUUCGAGCCGGAAUAUGCGCCGGUGGAGACAGGCGACGUCUCCAGGGACUCCUCGGGGACCGCAGAGGCUCCGUCGCGCCUGCCGUCUUCGGCGUCGUCGGCCGGCGCCCAGUCUCCGUUCCCCCCCUUUCCCGCGCCGCUCUCUUGCGCGAACCUUCUCUCGCCGUCGCAGAGCGCCCUUUUUCUGUCGCUGCCGUCGCGCUUCUCGCUGCCGCUACCGGCUCCGGGGUCGCCCGCCGCCGCGUUCGCCGCGACCGCGGCCCAUGUUGACGAGGAGGCGCGCGAUCUCUGUGCGCUUGUCUGCUGCCUGGCGCUGGCCUGUGUGGCGGCGGGAUCCUGCGACGACGAAGUCCUCUCCGCACUCUUCGCCGAGCGCCAGCUCCGGCUCUCGCGCCCGCGCCCAGAGACCGUUGGAGGCGCGACCGCGGUCGCGGCGGCGGCGGCGGUCGUGGCGGCCGCCGCGGCGGCGGGCUUGGCCAGCGAGGACACCGCGAGCGCGACGGCGGCGGCGGAGACUGCGGCGGCGUGUGCCCGGGCGGCCGAGGAGAACGAAGCAGACGCGCAGUACGGGGCGCUUCUGCUGCUUCACCAGGCGAUCGGGUUCGUCUGUAUGGCUGGCGGGCGGCGCAGCUUCGAGGAAAAUUCCUUCUUUGCGACUGCGGUCCUCGUGAUGGCGCUUUUCCCGGUCAGGCCGCCGAGCGACCCCGCCGACCAGAGCGCCCACCUGCAGGCGGCGAGGCACCUCUGGGUGCUGGCGACUGAGCCGAGACACCUCGCGGCGAUCGACGCCGACGCGGGUCAGCGCGUGGCGCUGCCUGUCUCGCUCCUCGUGCGGCGCGCGGGCACUCCAGACGAGGCCGAAGACGCGGAGGCUGUGCGCGAAAGGAGGCGUGCGGAGGUGAAGCGAGUCGACCUAUGGCUGCCGGGAUGGCUGCCCUCGCCCAGGCGGAUCCUGCAGCUCCACGUCACCAGCGACCGGUACGCGCCGCUGGUCCUUCGGCGCGAGCCGCGACUCCGCAUGCCGGCGGAGGGUGCGGCGGAGGACGCGCCCGCUGCGCCGUCGCUUUUCGCGCGGCUGCUUCACCUGGGCGGGUUUUUCGUGCAGCGGCGCGACUCGGCAGUCCCCUACCGUGGGCGGCCGGUCUCCUGCGAAAUCCAGCAGACUGCACGCAGAACCCGCAGAUCUUUUCUGCCCGCGCACGCGUGCCUCCGCUCCGGUCUCACCGCCGAGCCCGUAAAGCCCCCGCGCGCGUCUGCGGCGCUCGCCUCCGCCUACGCCGCCGCAGUCGGCGAGCAGCUGCGUGCGCACGUGGAGUCGCUGGAGGCGUGGCAGCGAGAAGAGGGAAACGACGAGAAUCUCUCAAAAGCUGUAGCGGGCCGAGACACUUCGGGCGCGGCGGCGGCUCGAUGUUCGGUGCCUCCGACCGCGAGGCAGAGACGCUUUGGAGCCCAAGACCCGCGGUCGCUGGGCGGGGAGGGCACUCCACUUCGCGAGGCCCUCAAGCGAAUACUGCCUCAGGUGAAUGUCGCUGAGCGCGCAGAAGCUGUGCGUGCCAACAGAGACUGCGAAACGCACACCGGGGAGCCGGGAGAUGCGGCGGAGGGCGCUUGGCUGCGACGACGCCUUUCGCGCUGGUUUCAGGGGGAACUGGAGCGAAGCCGAGAAGAGAGAGACGAGGCGAUGCUGCGCGUGUGGCAGGACAGUCUGAGUGCAAACGCCGUUUCUCUCUGUCGUUCUCAUUCUCCAUCGCCGCGUCCCAAGCGCCUGGGAAGCAGCGACAGCAGUCGAGGCACUCCACCAGGCGCCGACGCGCUCCCUGCCGGCUUCUCGCCGUCAUCAACCGAAGACGAGCGAGAGUAUGCGCAUCGCAGGGAAAUAGCUGCGUUGCCCAGGUUGUCAUCGGGCUCGCCUGCGCGCGAUGCGUCCUCUUCGGCGCCUUUUUGUUCAAACUGUCUCCUCGAGGGCGAGCCCGCGCACGCGGGCGCGGCGGCUCCUGUCUCGCUCGCGCCCCUGCGGCGCCUGCUCUCCAAUCGAGAGUACGAUGACGCGGAUCGCGGAUCCGAAGGGGACUGCCGGACGAGAGUUUUUUUUGACACGGCGGCAGCAAGCGCGGGACUACCUUCUGCAGUCUCCGCGUUGAGGCACCUUCCGUCGCCGCGCGACGUCCUGGCAGCGCUCGCACUUCGCCGCAUGCAGGAUUUUUUCCGGCGCGCAGCCCUGGAGUCUGUUUCUGCGGCUUCGUCGCAUUUUUCUCCACUCCUUUUUGCUUCCACUGGAGAUGUCGUGGAGGGCAACACACGCCGCCUCUCGCUCACGCCGCUCCCGUCAUCGCUCCUCCUGGCGGCUGCUUGUUCGCCUCGCUUUGCCGCCUCCAUGGCCAGGCCGGAGCCGAGGGCGCGCACGGCGCCUCCAAGCAGCUCCGCCGCGAGUCCGUGCAUCCCGCGAGGGCGCCCCGCGGGCAGGGCGCCACGCACGGACGUUCGAAUAGAUGCCGUUUCCCUUCUUUUCGAACUCUGCGUCACGUACUACGCCGCCGCAGGCCUUGCGUCGCUUCACUUGUCGAGCGCUCGCCUGGGCGCCAGCGCCUCGCCUUCGCCUCGCGGAAGCGCAGCGUACGGCGCCUGGGCUGCAGGGACUCACAGGUGGCAGGGAGGCAAGAGCAUGAGGCCGUUUGAAGAACGAGACGCGAAGAAGGUUGGGCGCACAGAGGAGGAAGGAAGUCUGGCAUGUGCGGCAGAUGCGCUCUCAGCUUUUCUUCUUUUUCAUCGGCUUCCGCUGCUCCAUGACUGGCUCGAGUUCGUCCACGAAGUUGCGCGGUGUGCCACGCAGCGCAGGCCUCUGCCGGCGGCCGGCGCUGCUGCCUCCUCGCCCGCGUUUGAGAAGCGCCCAGCCGAGCCCGACGCGCCUGCGACGAGCGAGGCGCCUGCGGAGCAGGGAGAGACGACAAGCAGGAUGAACGCGGCGGAGGACUUCUCGAGCGAGAAGGCCAAGAUGCAGCGCGCGCUGUAUCUGUCUCAUCAAGUGGCGGCCGGCGCGACCGUUCGGGGCAAGUUGCUCCUCGCAGAUGCGCUGCUGGAAGUCGACAGAAUCUUUGGACUGCUCGAGGCGACGGAGUGUCUGGAGCCUUGCGCCGACGUUGCGCGCCGACAGCCUCAGUCGUGCAGCAGGUGCUAG